AUGGACGAGCGUUCCAACAUCAUCUUCGAGGACCGCUUCACCGUGUCGUCUGUCGACAAGGACGGGAAGAAGUUUGACCGCGUGUCGCGCAUCGUCGCGGCGUCGCGCGACCUCGGCAUGGAGCUCACGCUCGACAUCCACGCCGAGCUGUACCCCCUGGCCGAGGGCGACGUGUUUGCGCUCGCGCUCGCUCGCUCGCUCAAGCCCGACGAGGACGCUGCCGAGGCCGACGAGGACGCCGGCGAGACCCGCAAGAUCAAGCGCGAGCUGUGGCGUGCCGACGACCAGGGCCUCGCCAACGACUACGACUAUGUCUGCCACGGCAAGGUCUACAAGUUUGAUGACAGCGCAAAGGGCGAGAACAUGACCACGGCGUACUGCUCGUUCGGCGGCCUCCUCAUGGCCCUGCGCGGAAGCUACCGUCACCUCGCCAACGUCAUUGUCGGCGAGAACGUCUUCCUCCUCAUGCGCAAGUAA